AUGCCUCCAGAGCAACCGUCUGCCUACAUCGAGCCGGACAUCUCAGACACAGACUCCGCAGUCACGGACACAACAUCAACAGCAUACACCGAGUCCCUCCGCUCCAGCCUCCUGCAAAGCGUCCGCGAAAAUGGCCGCGGAUACCACAAAUACUCCUCGUCUACCUACUUCGUCCCAGAAGACGAGCAGGAGCAGGAACGCCUCGACAUGCAGCACGAGAUCUGCCUCAUAACCACAAACCGAAAGCUAUACCUAGCCCCUCUUCCUGAGGAUGUACCAAAUGUCCUAGACCUAGGCACAGGCACAGGCAUCUGGGCCAUCGACUUUGCAGAUCAGAACCCCGGCUCGAAUGUUAUAGGCACCGAUCUCAGCCCGAUCCAGCCGUCGUGGAUUCCGCCGAAUUUGAAGUUCGAGAUUGAUGAUUAUGAGCAGCCUUGGACGUAUCCGAUCAAGUUUGAUUAUGUGCAUGCGCGCAUGUUGACGGGGUCGAUUGCGGAUCCCGAGAGGCUAUUUAGGCAGGCGUAUGAAAAUCUUCAGCCUGGGGGGUGGUUUGAGUUAAUGGACUUUGCGUUUCCGGUGACGUCCGACGAUGGGACUAUGGAGGGGACCGCGUAUGAGACGUUGAAUCAGACGAUGGUCGAGGGGUUAAGCAGGGUUGGACGGGACGGGGGUAUCCCGAAUCGAUACAAGGCCUUGUUUACGGAUGCCGGGUUCCAGAAUAUUACAGAGGUGAGGUAUAAGUGGCCGCAGAAUACAUGGCCUAAGGGUAAGCAUCUCAAGAAGAUCGGGGAGUGGAACAUGGUUAAUACACUUGACGGCCUGCAUGGAUUUGCAGCCCGUCUGUGUAUCCAGGUUAUGGGGAUGACGCCGGAGGAGCUGGAGGUCCUGCUUGCGGCUUCUCGAAAGGAUAUCAGGAAUCCGAAGAUUCAUAGUUAUUGGUCGAUCGUUAUUGCAUAUGGACAGAAGCCACUGCAGUCAACUACAAAGGCGGCAUAA